AUUAGGACGUCAGAAAAUCGUCGAUUUGAGAUUGAUAUAUAUGUUUUUUAAAUAUAGUAUUAUGUUUGACAUUGCGACAUUUCUCUGUGACGUUUUACGGCAGAAAGGUUGUUGCCGAAAAGGCAAUUUUGCAGCUGGGACAAACUUCAUUGAAACAGUUAAUCGCUCCAAAAGUGUUGUUUCGCGGACGGUCAUGGCGAAGUUUCAAGCCCCUGUGAUCCAGGACAACCCGUCUGGAUGGGGACCGUGUGCGGUCCCCGAGAAGUUUAAAGACAUGCCGUAUCAGCCGUUCAGCAAAGGAGACCGUCUGGGAAAGGUGGCCGACUGGACCGGAGCGACGUACCAAGACAAGAGAUAUACAAAUAAAUACUCGUCUCAGUUCGGAGGCGGCAGUCAUUACGCCUACUUCCACGAGGAGGACGAGACGAGCUUCCAGCUGGUGGACACGGCCAAGACCCAGAAGACGGCCUACCAGAAGAACCGCAUGCGCUUUGCUCAGAGGAACCUGCGCAGAGACAAAGACCGCAGGAACCUGACGCAGUUCAACAUGCAGACGCUUCCUAAGAGCGCCAAGCAGAAGGAGAGGGAUCGGAUGCGGCUCCAGAAGAAAUUCCAGAAGCAGUUUGGUGUCCGUCAGAAGUGGGACCAGAAAUCCCAGGCGCAGCAGAAGCCCAGAGACUCGUCCGUGGAGGUGAGGAGCGACUGGGAGGUGAAGGAGGAGAUGGACUUCCCCAGACUGAUGAAGAUGAGAUACAUGGAGGUGUCGGACCCCGAGGACAUCGAGUGCUGUGGAGCUCUGGAGUACUACGACAAGGCCUUCGACCGCAUCACCACCCGCAACGAGAAGACUCUGAGGAGCAUCAAGAGGAUCUUCCACACCGUGACCACCACGGACGACCCCGUCAUCCGCAAGCUGGCAAAGACUCAGGGGAACGUGUUUGCCACCGACGCCAUCUUGGCCACUCUGAUGUGCUGCACGCGCUCAGUCAACUCCUGGGACAUCAUCGUGCAGAGAGUGGGCAACAAGCUGUUCUUCGACAAGAGAGACAGCUCCGACUUCGAACUCCUUCAACUCGCCCCGUAAUCUGGCCAUGGAGGCGACCUACAUCAACCACAACUUCAGCCAGCAGUGUUUACGCAUGGGCGGCGAGCGGUACAAGUUCCCAAACCCCAACCCGUUCGUGGAGGAGGACAUGGACAAGAGCGAGGUGGCGUCCGUGGCCUACAGGUAUCGCCACUGGAAGCUGGGAGAAGACAUCGACCUGAUCGUCCGCUGUGAACACGACGGCGUGAUGACCGGCGCCAACGGAGAAGUGUCCUUCAUCAACGUCAAGACGCUGAACGAGUGGGACUCCAGGUACUGUAACGGCGUGGACUGGCGUCAGAAGCUGGACUCUCAGAGAGGAGCCGUGCUGGCCACCGAGCUGAAGAACAACAGCUACAAACUGGCCCGCUGGACCUGCUGCGCCAUGCUGGCCGGGUCCGAGUACCUCAAACUGGGGUACGUGUCCCGUUACCACGUAAAGGACUCGGCUCGCCACGUCAUCCUGGGAACGCAGCAGUUCAAACCCAACGAGUUCGCCAGCCAGAUCAACCUGAGCAUGGAGAACGCCUGGGGAAUCCUGCGCUGCGUCAUCGACAUCUGCCGCAAGCUGGACGAGGGCAAAUACCUGAUCCUCAAAGACCCCAACAAGCAAGUGAUCCGGGUGUACAGCCUACCUGAUGGGACGUUCAGCUCCGAUGAAGAUGAGGAGGAGGAUGAUGAUGAAGAGGACGAAGAAGAAGAAGAUGAGGAGAACUGAGGAGCAGCCAAAUAAAUCCUCACUGAAAGAAAAUUAAAGAUCUCCUUUAAACAAUAAAUAAAAGGACAUCAAUAGAAAACUACA